GUUAUUUAAAAACAAAGAACUGCAGGUCUAGAGAUCUCCAGGUGUAAACAAAAGUUCAAAAUUAAAAAAUGAAUGUAAGCACCUUGACAAUGGAAGAUUUAGUCAGACAUUUCCAAGCACAGAUUGCAGUCUUAAAACAUUCUUUAAUGUUGUCUAAUGGAUCAACUGAUAGUAACUACACAAAAGCAGCCACUAGUCUUGAUUUGUUGAUUGAUUCUAUGAAAUCAGAGUUAAGAAGCUUGCAAAGGAAUGUGAACGAUGCAAGAAAACAUUUGCAAUCUUUGGAAGAUGUAAAGAUUCAAACACAAAAUUUUAUUGGACAUCUUCAAUAUGCACUUGACAAUAUUCCCUCCAAGUUACCUAACAAAAAACAAACUGAAGUUCCUGCAUUGAAGUCAAAUGCAAAUAACCAAAAUAGUUCCGCAAAUACUUGCAAGAUGGAGUCAGCUGUUGUAAACAAUGGUUGUAGUUAUCUCCAUUACCUCACUGUUGCUCAGUUUGAAACAGUUCCCAAGUACAUGAAGGGAAGAAUGACUUAUGAUAAAGUGAAUGUGGUGAUUGAGCAACUUGAUAAUGCUUUUAAAGACAAGUACAAACUAAUGAAACAGAAAAAAAGUACCUUAAAUGAUGCAAAUAGGAAACGCUAUGAAACAUACAAGCUCCAGGAGAAUGAUAACACUAAAGGAAUAUGCUUUAUUGUUGAGAAAGAUAUUACAGAGCUGACCAACCUUAAGCUUGACACAAGCACAAGAAAUAUUUUAACCAUUCUUCGACACUGUGGACUAUUACAUGAAAUUAGAGGUGGAAAUUUAGUUAGAUACGCUCUUUAUUGA